UCGAAGGGAACUCCGUUUUUCCGAAUCAACUCCUGUUCGACUACAUGGCAACACAUUUAAAUGCCCUGAAACAGCGUCUCUCUCUAUGUGCAGCGUCUACGUCACGCGCUGUGACCCUCUUGCCCAUGGAAGCGCGCGAGACCCAGCCGGAGCCGCCCGUUCAUCGCGUGAAAACACCUUUGGAAAGAAUGUCAUCCAGUGAUUCUCUUACAAAUGGAUUUAUCGGUCUCCGAGAAUAAUUUGCAUUUCGGCGGUUUUGCGGGGGAAUGCCUACUCCAAGGCAAAGCCCUGUGGAGGAAAGGGAGGUGCUGAGUGGUGAAGGAAGAUCCAACAACAACAACAUGGCUGAUGCCACCACCACCAACCUGCUGGCCUCUGUUAAAGAGCAGGAGCUCCAGUUUGAACGGCUUACCAGAGAACUUGAAGAAGAGAGACAGAUUGUGGCCAAUCAGCUGGAGCGAUGCAGGUUGGGGGCGGAGUCUCCAGAUGCUGUGAGUGACAGCUCUUCUGAGAAGUCCCUUCUGUGGAGAUCUGCAGAAUCCUCAGGUGCAGGUGUGUCUAAGCCGUCGGAUGGUUGCUCCUCGCCCACAUUUGGGGUCAGAGGUCAGGAGUUACUUUACUCUCCUGAAUUGGAACAGAUCUCCCUGCGUGAAAGGUCUGCGCCAAACUCACGCAGCUCUACUCAAAUUAAUUCGUAUUCAGAUAGUGGCUAUCAGGAGGUGAGUGGUUACUAUAGUAACACAGUGACACCCAGACGAUCGGAAGGGAGGUCCCAGUCGACAAGCUCCGCCCCCAGCGGAAGCCCCACCCUCGUCAUGAUUUCUAGGGCUGAAGGACAGGCCUCAGCACAGGUGGGCAGCAGUGGCCGAGUCAUGAGGCGUGUCAGUUCUGUUCCCUCUCGUGCCCCAUCCCCACUCUACACCCCGUCCCCACCUGCGUCUCGCCAGCCUCUGCGUACUUCUCUCGGAAGCCCCUAUGGCUCACCUAUAGUUUCAGAGCCCCGUCCUCUACCUAGUAUAUUUCCUGGCACCAGCUUGCCUCCUGCCUCCAGCCACGCCCCCGACCUAGUACACUCCAGCUACUUGGGACGGCAUGGAAAUGGGACAUUGUCAGAGUCUGAGUCACCAACACUCCUGCGGGCCGGUAUGACCGCUCAGCCUCAGCAGUACGGGACCCUGGGGAAGCACGAUUCACACGCAUAUGACAGCACUCACUCUUCUUUUGGGUCACGGGCCUAUGACAUCUUUGAGAGGAUGGUACUUUCAAGACCGGAUAGCCUUACAGGCUUGCAAACCUCUUAUAGUCAGAACAGCCAGUUAGGCCAAGACGCCCGCUCCCCUGACUGCCACGUCACGCCAAUCUAUGAAGACAGAACCUUCCAGAACCCUCUGUACCAGAGCCCCACGAAUGGCUCCCAGAGCGCUAUCUCCAGAAACAAUACAGGGUUUGGUACUUUACAAAGGACCAGUAGUCAGUGUAGCACUCUGAGGUACCAGCGAGGGUUAUUCUCAGUGGGCUCCAUGGCAACGCACUCUGACAACUUUCGCCCCGCCCAUUACCACCAAACCGACUCGAACUACACCAGACAUGCAGCUGCCGUCGACAACGCCGUCACACGCUCGCCUUCCAUAGACAGUGUUCACAAAGAUCCCAGGGAGUUUGCCUGGAGAGACCCCGAGCUGCCAGAGGUGAUCCGAAUGCUGCAGCAUCAUUUCCCUUCUGUCCAGGCCAAUGCUGCAGCAUACAUACAGCACCUGUGCUAUGGAGACAACCGCAUAAAGGCAGAGGUGUGUCGACUCGGGGGGAUCCGGCACCUGGUGGAUCUGCUUGACCACAAAACCCUGGAAGUUCAGCGGAAUGCUUGCGGAGCUCUGCGAAACCUAGUGUAUGGAAAAGCCACCGACGAUAAUAAAGUGUGUGUGAGGAAUUCCGGUGGAAUCCCAGCUUUGGUUCGUCUGUUGAGGAAAACGGCAGACACUGAAGUGCGAGAGCUCGUAACCGGAGUGUUGUGGAACCUGUCGUCAUGUGAUUCUGUGAAGAUGACGAUCGCUCGGGAUGCUCUCGGGCCACUUACCAACACAGUCAUUAUCCCUCACUCUGGGUGGGGUGCGGCCCCUCAGCGAGAGGACCAGAAACUCAAACUACACUCAUCUUUGGUGCUGAGGAACACCACUGGUUGCCUCAGGAACCUAAGCUCAGCUGGAGAAGAGGCCAGAAGGCAGAUGCGUUGCUGUGAAGGGCUGAUUGAUUCCCUCCUUUAUAUAAUCAAAACCUGCGUAAACACCUCUGAUUAUGACAGCAAGAUUGUGGAAAACUGUGUGUGCACUUUGAGGAACCUGUCAUACCGUCUUGAGCUGGAGAUGCCUCCGUCUCGGCUGAUGGGGGCCCAGAAUCUGGACACGCUCCUGGGCCCUGACACCUCCAGUAAGCAGGCCGACUACAGCUGCUGGGGGCUCAGAAAGAAGAAGAAGAAGAGGUCCUGGCAGGAUCAGCAGUGGGAUGGUGUGGGGCCUAUUCCAGGAUUUUCUGGAAGUCCAAAGGGCGCAGAGAUGCUGUGGCAUCCAUCUGUGGUAAAACCUUACCUCACUCUGCUGGCAGAGAGCUCAAACCCAGCCACGCUGGAAGGGGCAGCUGGGUCUCUGCAGAAUCUCUCCGCCGGAACCUGGAGGUUUGCGGCCUACAUCCGUGCUGCUGUACGUAAAGAGAAGGGUUUGCCCAUACUGGUGGAGCUACUAAGAAUGGAUAAUGACAGGGUUGUCUGCGCUGUGGCCACUGCUCUACGGAACAUGGCUCUCGACGCCAGGAACAAGGAGCUCAUUGGAAAAUACGCCAUGCGGGACCUAGUGACCCGUCUCCCUGGCAAUGGGCCGUCCCUGCUGUCGGAUGAGACAGUGGCGGCGGUCUGCUGUGCGCUGCACGAGGUCACCAACAGGAAUAUGGAGAACGCCCGUGCUCUCGCCCAGACGGGCGGCAUCGACAAACUGGUUACAAUCAGCAGAGGACGUGGGGAGAGGUACUCCAUGAAGGUGGUCAAGGCAGCAGCUCAGGUGCUAAAUACUCUUUGGCAGUACAGAGAUCUGCGUACCUUUUACAAAAAGCAUGGCCGGCUCUACUACCCUGAGGAGGGAAAUCAAAGCACCUAUGACACUUUCGGAAUGUACCUGUCAUCUCCGAUGGGCUACGAGGAUGCGUACCUGGACGAGCCUGUUCGUUAUCCCGUGAAAACCCCUGAUACAUAUCAGUGUGUUUAUUUUCUUCCUGGGGCUUUCAGAAAUGUGCUCUGGUCAAGCUCAUACACUUUUUAG